AUGGUCAAAAUCCAAAUCAUGAUGGCUGCCCUUGUCGGCGCCAUCAAUGUCAUCGCCUCCCCUUACAAUGUCUCUUAUUCUCGAAACUUCGCGACAGAGAAACGUAACAUUGACUCCGAUUUCUAUGACCUCUCCGACUUUGGCUACUUUGGCGGCCAGCUCCCCAAAGUCUACUCUCUUCAUGAGAGCAACUCCACUGGUCCCAUCUACCUACCAGAAGAAAGCUACCAGGAGUUCCAAAAGAUUAUCUCUGGCAAGAACAAUGCUUCAGACGAGUUCAUCGGCCAGCAAAGAGCGCUCUCGACUAUGAAGCGGUCUACCGUCGGUAAAAUCAGCAUGCUCCUGCGCAAUGCUGCUGGGACAGGAGAUACUUUCGCCAUCGAGGCCAAUAAGGUGUGUCGUACUGCGUCGAAUGCCCCGUGGCACUAUGUCAUCAUUUACUCGAUCACCGAGGCAUAUAUUGCCUUUUGGAAGAGUGAUGUGUGUAAUGGUCAUAAGGGUAGCUUUAACCCUGUUUGCGAUUGGUAUGAUGACCCAUCGGAGGCUUGUGUGUUCAACUUCAAGCCCAAGUCAUUCCGUGCCUACUCUGGUUGCCACCACGAUGAUGGCUGGGGUGAAGGAUGUGCCUCGCAUACUCUGUAA